AUCGUUUAGUUUCCCACUCGCACAUUUCUCACAUAGCAAACACUAUCGCAGGAACAGACAAGUCGCAGCUCUCUCUCCGGACGUAACGGAGUGUCCUGCCUUCGUAAAUGGACGGCUGGGCUCGGACUGAGAGGACAAAUUCAGGAAGAUAAAAGUGAAGAAUGUGAAGAAAGAAACGAUGUGCUCCACGGGAACCAACGCGGAGCUACAACAGACAUCCUCCGACCCGGCUCUGUUGCUGGAGCUGAAGACCAGGCGUCCUCCGUCCUUGGAGGGCCGGGCAGGAUGUGAGACCUGGAGCGUGGACUUCUCCCCGGACGGAGCCUGGUUCGCCUGGUCGAUGGGACACGGUAUCGUCUGGGUGGUCGCCUGGCCUCUCGACUCAGAGGACAGUCAGAAUGGAGAGACCGACCGAGGAGACAAAAGCUUCAGUUGUGGCCAUCCAGUGUGGACGCUCGCCUUCGGACCCAGACCUCCAAAAUCGGCUGCAGCGGCAUGCCCAGAUAAAACGGGGAAAAAAUCAAUAGGAAACAAAAGCCUGCUCCUGGCCACAGGCUUGGAGAACGGGGUGAUCAAAAUCUGGAAUGUGUUAACAGGUGAUGCCGUAUUUGAUCUCCAUGGCCACGAAGGCGUUGUGAGGGACCUGGUCUUUCCUCAGAACGGGACGCUCACACUCGUAUCGUCCUCUCGGGACAAGACUUUGAGGAUUUGGGACCUGGCUCAGAAAGGUAAAAAGGUGCAGGUGCUUUCUGGCCAUAAAGACUGGAUCAGCAGCUGCUGCGUCUCAUCAGACUGCAGCAUGAUCGCGUCUGUCGGCAGAUUUGACAGAAUGGUGUGUCUGUGGAGUCUGAGGUCAUAUACGUUCAUCAGGAACCUGACAGGAGGGACCCACAAGACCUUGUACCUCCUGUCUUCCUGUGACUUCUCUCCUGACGGAGCGGUGCUCGCCACCGCAGCCUUCAGCGGCUCCAGCUGGUGGAUCGACCUCUGGGACCCGUACACUGCAGAGAAACUGGCCACUCUGGUUGACUACUUUGAAGAUUACGGGCAAAACCAAAUCUCAGCAAUACAGUUCUCUCCCAACGGUUUACACUUGGCGAUGGUGACGGACGACAGAGCUCUUCGGAUCUGGGAGCCGGGACAGAAAGGGAUGGUGAUGCAGACGAAAGUGGACAGAGACUCUAAUGGACUCUGCUGCAAAUACCAUCCACAAGGGGGCGUGGUCGCCUCAGGAACCAGAGAUGGUCAUGUGAAGUUCUGGAGGGGGCCCAUGACUGUGCCCAGCCUGUGCCACCUGUGUCGAUCCAUCCUGCGCCACUCUGUCUCCACACACCAGAUGGAGCCGCUGCCCCUCCCCAAGAGGAUCCUCGAGUACCUCACCUACAGAAACAUCCCCGACCUCCUCAAGACCUGCUGCUCCUCCGAUGAAGAGGAUUGGGAAGGUUAAAUAGGAACAUUAACACAAUGCAACUGACAUUUAUGGCGCGUGAUUGUCAUGCAUAAUAAUGAUUAUUAUUUUUUUAAACGCCUUUUGUUUGCUGAUAGAGAUGUUUUCAAAGCUUAAUUUAGCGCAGGAAGCAUCUCUAAUUUAGAUGCAGCGUUCCUACAUUAAGGAUUUCAUUUAUUGCACUACUACUGUAAGACGAGGCAUAACAAAAUGUAAUGUUCACAUGCUUAUUUGACUUGAAUAUCACAAUUUUAUACUAUUAAUUUAUUGUGUAAAUAUCAAAUGUAUAUGUAUUUCUAAUUUCUGUUUAUCAUAAAACAGCACUAUUGUACUUGCACAUUAAUUGUUAAUAUAAGAUAACAGAAACUGGAUUUAUGGGAAAUAGUUUUAUUAAACAGAUUCAAAACACA